CUUUCCUUCUGUCGUAUUCAUUAAAAAACUCCUCACUUCCUACAUGAAAUCACUGGAGAUGAUCCUAACAGAAUUACGCCAAAAAUUUACUCGAAACGACCCGGUGACUGACGUUAACCAUGUCCAACAAUGCGGAAGCCGAUGCUAGGAAAGACAGCCAGCGAAAGCGGAGAGCUCAUAAAAAGUCACGGAAAGGAUGUCGGAAUUGCAAAUUGAGGAAAAUCAAGGUAACACAAUAUUCUUGGAUUUAUGGUUUGGUACAAUUGACUGAUCAAAAUAAUGGUCUUCAGUGCGACGAGGCAAGACCGAAUUGCUUAAAGUGUAGCGGUUACGGAUAUGCAUGUAAUUAUGACCCAAGAAUGCCGGAUUUAGAAUUAGCCUGUUCUGGAACAUCUUCAACCAUAAAGUUACCAACAAACCCUGGAGAAUCCCCCUGGCCUAUCACUCGCACUACAAAUUCAGGGAAACCCAACAUCCCUACCACUCUAGAACCGCCUUGCACUAUCGGCGAUGGCAUCUCAUUUUUUGAGCUGGAUAGACAGAGCCUCUGUCGAUUAGACCACUUUCGUCGCCGAACUGUCAGUUCAUUGCUGACACCAGCUGCUGCCGGAGUGUUCCAAGAAUUUGCCAUCCCAAUGGCCUGUAAUUAUCCAUUCCUUAUGCAUACCCUUCAAACUCUAACCGCGUGCCACGAUCGAUACCUUACUCUUCAGAAAGGAGGAUCGUCGCAGCGCACGCCGGCAGAAAUCUACCACCUAGCUCGUGCCGCAUCCCUCUUCAAUCAGAAACUCUGCAGGCCCAUUGCAUACAAAGAUAAGGAUGUUUUGUGGGCCACGGCGGCACUUCUCGGGAUCGUAGCUAUGUCAUCGAUUGAAGCUUCCUCGCCCUAUGAUGCAUGGCCUCUUACUCCAUAUGCAGACCAUGACCUUGACUGGCUGCGUAUGAGCGAGUGCAAGAGCGCUGUUUUUGAACUCACAGAUCCGACGCGCAAAGAUAGCAUUUUUCAUGUCAUGUCUAUCGAAUAUGACAUUGCUCACUACGGAAGCGAUGAGAAACCUGACCUUUCAUCCUUUCCCUCUCAUUUUGCCAAACUUUUCGACUUGGACGAGUACUCUAAUUCCAUGAAUAAUCCAUAUUAUUCGGCGAUUAUGGCUCUUGGGCGGAUUAUGAAAAUUGAGUGCAAUCGAUCAGCCCUAUUAUCUUUCUUCCGAUUCUUAACAACCAUGUCGCCUCAGCUUAAAAUUCUAUUGAAAAUGAGAGAUCCCAGAGCCCUAAUUCUACUUGCAUAUUGGUAUCUAAAAACCCGGACAUUGGUCUGGUGGGUUGAACGCAGGGCGACUUUGGAGUGUCAGGCGAUAUGUAUUUAUUUGGAGAGACACCAUGGUGAUAAUUCAUUGAUACAGGAAACUGUGCGGGGCGUAAAGCGAGAGUCUGGUCUAAUCAAUUAGGGGGGGACUUUGUCAUUUCUCAAUUGGGUAGAAAGUAGUGAGAAUAAAUGGAACACGUGGUAAUGAAU